UCUGGCACAGAGAGUCCUCUGUGUUUGUAGCUAUAAGUACCUGGGUCCCCAGUGCCUCCUAACACCUCUGUAGGAGUGGUUUAGUUGGAAAUGGUCCCUGGGCGUUAAGCUGGUAGAAAACCCAGAGGGCUGUUACUAUAAGAAGUUAAAGCUCCUCUGGCCCCCAGGGCUCUCCUCCUCUAUGCCCUCGGGGAAAGGACUUCCUGUAAGGACUCCAUCUUGCUUGGCAUUGACAGAGAGUUUGGGGCCUGCUCUCUCUUUCCUUGGCAGCCUUCCUUGAUAUUCUCCAAACCUCCAGCUCCAGACCCACGCGUUCUCUUCUAGAGCAGUCUGUGACGACAGCGGUGACAAAUCUCUGCCUUCAGGUCACUCCAUGGGUGAGUCAGUCUGCAUGAGAACUUCUUUUCAGAUCUCCACAGGACAGGAGGGUUUCUGGGUUCCCUCCCCCACUACAACCCACAGGACCUCCAACCAGCCAACCCUCCUUUAGAGAAAGGGGAGAGAGGGCCCAGGCUGACUGUUUUCUACUCUCCUGAGGAAAUGGGCCACAUGGGCUCUGACACACCCGUCCCGAUUGCAGAGCACUCUGAUAAACUGAACCCUUUACAAAGAAGAGCACGAAGCUGGAGGUUUUACCGAAGGCGAUACAACUAUUCGUCUGAACAUGUCACUUCCAAGCAGCAACAAGAUAAUGAUUCAGGUGAUGUUCCCAUGGAUGUCCAAGCAAGAUAUGCUCCCUAUGCUGUUCCACCCCAUCAUCAGAGAAGCAGUUUUCAGAAAAAAGACCAAAUGCAUAUUAAUAUGGAGACAAAGCAAAAGCCUCCAGAGAGAAAAAUGGAGAGAAACAGACAGGAUGAGACCUUGGGGAGCUGGUUCAAGAUCAUAAUUCCCUUUGGUAUAAAAUAUGAUGAGAAGUGGCUGCUGAAUUUGAUUCAGAAGCAAUGCAGUGUCCCCUUCAUUCCAGUCGAAUUUCACUAUGAGAAAAUGCAGGCCCAGUUCUUUGUAGAGAAUGCCAGCAUUGCCUGGUCACUGAAGAAUGUCAAUGGCAAGAUUUUCAGUGAGGAUAAUGAAAAGAUAUUUAUCUUUGUUGAACCCUGUGAUGCACCCCCAUCUGUGCAGAAAACACUGAAGUCUGAAAAGGUGGAGCAGAUGAAGGUGAAGUCUGCUGGGGAGAUGGACAAGGGUCAACAGCUGGAACCAGAAGGGAUGUGGGUUGACAGAAAUGCCAUCUGCACCACCUCCCCUGAUAAGUCAACCAACAUAAGCACCAUCCUGGAGUUGUUCCCCAGGUUACUAAGCUUGGAUGGCCAGGACACACCCUCAGGGCCUAAGUGUGCUAUUGAAGUCCCCAAGUGCUUACCAACAUGUAAGGGAAGCUUCUUUGGAUCUGAUGAGCUGAAGAGUCUAAUCUUGCAAUUCCUGCAGCAGUAUUACUUGAUCCAUGAUUAUGGGGACCGCCAGGGACUCCUGUGUGCUUAUCAUGAAGAGGCCUGCUUCUCCCUGACCAUUCCAUUCCACCUCAAGGACCCAGGCCCAAGCAGCAUGUGUGCAUACUUCAAGAACAGCAGGAAUAUGAAGAAGCUCAAGGACCCCAAUCUGCAGUUCCAGCUGCUGAAACACACAAAAUGUGACAUUGUGCGUGCCCUCUGUGGGUUGCCCAAAACUCAGCAUGACUUCAGGUCCUUCAUGGUGGACAUGUGGUUCCAGACGGAAUCAAUGCUCUGCUUCUCUGUGAAUGGGGUGUUCAAGGAAGUAGAAGGAAGGUCUCCUGGCUGUGUGCGUGCCUUCACCCGGACUUUCAUCACUACUCCUGCCACCCCUUCCAGUUUUAGUAUUGUGAAUGAUAAGCUGUUUGUGAGUGACUUCAGCCCCAAGAAGACUGAGCCUGUGCUCUUCAUCCCAAAGCCUGAACCCUCUGUCAACUCCAUGCCCACCUCCUUGGAGCAACAGGAAAUGGUGCAGGAUUUCUCCAUCCAGUCUGGGAUGAACUUCCAGCAGUCUCAGAAGUGAUGCUGAAAUCAUAGUGCACAUACAUGCACACAUAUACUCAUUGCCUUGGAAAAUCAUUCAUUGUGUUCAAUUUUGUGGGGAGAUGAAGUUUAAUCAAAAUGUGAUUGACAGCAUAUCUGUGUGUGUAUGUUUCUCUUUCUAGGUCUCCUCUAGCCCAAUCACCCCCUUCUCACUAGUGUAAAUUUGUCUUCAGCUCAGAUUCCCACUGGAUUCCAAUCUCAGGAUUCAGUAAUCCAGAAAAUGAUAGAUAAGGAGGGAUUGCUGCCAGGUGGUGAAAAAUUCCAGAGGACUCUGAUUGAAGCCAUUAUACCAAGAUCCCAAGUUCCAUCCCUUCUUUCCCCUUGCUGAACACCCUCGUCUGAGGCUCCCAUAGCUGACAUUCUUAUCUGGCCACCUGGUUCCCUCCAUCUUUAUUUUUAAGAAAAAGAAGUACAUUUUGCAAAGAAUAACAGAUGCCUUGGAAUGGCUUAUUUAGUAUGAAUCCAGUUCUGUUUGGAAAAUUCUAUGUAUAUCACAGCAAUUCUAUCUGUUGUUGACCCUAAAGCUACAUCACAUUCAUUGGUGUAUCUCUUCCCCCAUCAGUGUAGGUUGACUUGUUCCCAUUGUAGAGGGUCCCUCCAAAGGAGCAGAGUGUUUACCUCCAUCACGUACCUCUGUAUCAGCUGCCCAGUUCUCCCACACCCUGUCAUCCCAUUACUGGGACACUGGAUACAGCUGUCCAGACUUCAGUCUCUGCCCCAUUCCUCUUAGAACCCUGUGUUUCCCUAUGCUGCUGACUGCCGAUACACUACUGCUACCUGGUGAUUCAUUUUAUGCAGACUCUGGAGUAUAUCUUACCAGCUUCUUUAACACCUAUCAGAUUUCCUUUUUCAAACAGAAUUAAAAUUACAUUAUACUUAGUUCAAUAUGCUGGCUUUUAAGGGAGAACAUUGUAGUUUUUUUCUCUUUAAAUAAAAGUCUUUGUAGAGAA